CUGCACACACAGCGCAAGGAGGCAAGGACUCCGAGCAACGCACACAGCCAAACGCUCACGAGACGGGCACGAGCGGACGGCUCCGGUUCCAGGUUGACGCAGUCCGAGCUCGGCAGGCAUAAUUUAGUUAGCAUACGACGGUCGGUAUGCAAUGAAAGUUCGUCCCUGAGGCCGGUUUCCUCGGACGCGGUUGCUCUAGGGCGCGCGCACACACACGGGGCUUUUGGUGGUGUUCGACGGUUUUUGUGUUUGUUGGUGCGUGGUUUAUCGCCUCGUUUGUGCUGCCCGCCGUCCACCAGUAGUGUGGCCCCUUGCACACUGUCCACGGUGUGUACGUGCGUGUGCUUGUGUGUGAGGUGUAGAUGGGGGUUCGCUUAGCGGGGUGCGUGCAAGCUGCCAGGAUAUCGCUAGCCGGGGGGGGGAGGCCAUCAGGUGUGUGUGUGUGUGUGUCGGAAGUGGACGCGGAAUUCUAACGCUCGCGGGGCAGGCUACCGUUACGUGUGCGGGAACUUCCAAUUUGCGGGAAUCCCCUGCCCAGAGGGUUGUGUGAGGGGAGGCACGAGAGUCCCCCACUGUAGAGACAGAUAAGCAGGUGAGUGUGUAGCCGGGUGCGUUGAAAAAAAAAAACGGCCAAGAAGGACAUUAGGGUUUAGGUAGGUGCAGAUUGUGGUGCGGUGGGUGAGUGAAGUGGAGCGCGCGGGAAUCAUUUUGAAACAGCAAACAACAUCCUCAGCAAUACAACAAUCAAACAAACUCAAAAAAACCACUGUUAGCGAAACGCGCCAAGUCUACAAGUCAACUUACAGCCGCGCCCCGACAUCCAGCCCAAUUCGUCGAGGGAAAUUCGCCCCACGUAGCCGGUGUGGGGGUGUGAGGGCGUCUUUUUCGGUGCCGUUUCGCCUCCCCGACGCUAUCCCUUCCCGGCGCAAAAGGUUAGCUGCUGAAAGGGCCUCUGGCGAAAGCAGCACCACCAUCGCAAAGCUUCCAGCGCCACGGCACACAACGAGCCGGCCGCAUCAAUCAAACCCGACGCAAUGCUUCCGUGCAGAACGUUCCAGUGCCGUAGUUCGCCUCGAAUGCACCAACCAGCCAGCAUGCAACAUGCGUGACGCCCUCUGGUACCAGGCGACGAACCUUUGCGCGGCGGCGGCAGCAGCGAAUGCCUAAGAUGACUAGCGACGCGUACCGGACAUUCGGCAGCAGAGCGCUACAGGAACGGUUCGGUUAAGCAGGUUUGCCAUUCAACACAUCUUUCCGCUGCGCCACGCCAUGCUGCGGGCGCUGAACGGUCGACGGACGACGAGGUCGCGGCUAGCGGCCGUCACCGCGUCACCCUUGCCGAUCUUCUACCUGUUUCUGCUGCUGCGGGUUGGCGGUGGGGCGAAGGUGUCACCGGCGGCCGGCAGUGGCAGCCGCCAGCUCGAGCAGCGCUUCGCGAUGGAGCCGCAGGACCAGACCGCUAUCGUCGGGUCGCGCGUCACCCUGCCCUGCCGGGUGGUGAACAAGUCCGGCCAGCUGCAGUGGACCAAGGACGAUUUCGGGCUCGGGACGCACCGGAACCUGAGCGGCUUCGAGCGGUACACGAUGGUGGGCAGCGACGAGGAGGGCGACUUCUCGCUCGACAUCUCGCCCGUAAUGCUGGACGACGAUGCCAAGUACCAGUGUCAGGUGGGACCGGGCCGGGGCGGAACUCCGGGCAUUCGGUCGCGCUUCGCCAAGCUGACCGUGCUGGUGCCGCCGGAAGCGCCCAAGAUUGUGCAGGGCGACUUCAUGGUCACGACCGAGGACCGGGAGAUAGAGCUGGAGUGCGUGUCGGUCGGCGGGAAGCCGGCGGCCGAGAUUACCUGGAUCGACGGGCUCGGCACGGUGCUCACCAAGGGCAUCGAGUACAUGAAGGAGCCGCUGCGCGACGCCCGCCGCUACACCGCCAAAUCGAUCCUGAAGCUGACGCCGAAGAAGGAGCACCACAACACGACGUUCACCUGCCAGGCGCAGAACACGGCCGACCGGACGUACCGGUCGGUGCGGCUCAAGCUGGAGGUGAAGUACGCGCCGAAGGUGAAGAUUGCCGUGAUCGGGGGCGCCCUGAACGGGGGCCGCAUACUCGAGGGCACGGAGGUGCGGCUGUCCUGCCGGGCGGACGCUAACCCGCCCGACGUUACGUAUCGCUGGUUCGUGGGCGAGGAGCUGUCGGACGGCAGUCACGCAUCCGAGUUGCUGAUAGCGAACAUCUCGCGCAAGUACCACGGCACCACGGUCCGGUGCGAGGUGCGCAAUGCGGUCGGGAAGAGCGAGGAGAGCGUCACGCUCGACAUAAGCUACGGGCCGAGCUUCCGGGCGCCGCCCCAGUCGGUCGAGGCGGACCCGGACACGACCGUUACGCUCGGCUGCGACGUGGACGGCAAUCCCGCACCGGACGUGCUGUGGAUACACGAACCGUCCGACCAGGUCGUGUCGAGUGCGGCGAACGUAACGCUCGUCGUAACGCCGGCCACCGCCGGCCGCUACUACUGCAAGGCGAGCGUGCAGGGCUUCGCCGAGGUGGAGGCGGACGCGACGGUGUAUCUGCGCGGGCCGCCCGCCAUCAGCUCGCCGCGGCAGCAGUACGGAGCGGUGCACGACAGUGCGCAGCUCGAGUGUGUCGCCCUGUCGAUACCGAAGCCCCGGCACGUGCUGUGGUCGUUCAAUGGGCGCGAGAUCAACGUGAGCGCGGAGCCGAACGCGGCCGAGUACCGCGCACUGGACAGCCCGAUCCCGAACGGGGUGCGGUCGACGCUCAUCAUACACCACUGCCAGCGGGAACACUUCGGGCGGUACAACUGCACCGUUGUGAACGACUACGGUAUCGACUAUCUGGAAAUUGAAUUCGUCUCCAAAGAGCCAAAUUUGCUGCCCGUGAUCGUGCUCGGCUCGCUCGGAGGCAUCACCAUACUGAUCAUUCUCGUCGUCAUUGCGAUCUGCCUGUGCAGCCGUCGUAACAGAAAGAAGCAUCUGCCGCCGGCCGAUGUCAUACCGAAGUACGAUGUCCCGGGGAAGGAUUGCGGUGAGCACGGCGGCACGACGGUGAGCGACCACAAGAUCGACCGCAUCGACGACAUGCUGGACGGGGAGCAUCCGCGCGACACCAUCACCACCAACAUCGCGCUGAACGUGCGCUCGGGUGUGGCCGGCCCGCCAACCGGUACUACGGCGAUCAGUUCGUCGCUUACGGCGCUCAAGGGUGACACUACCACCGAUUACAGCCGAUACUCGGGAGACUUUUCCGACUCGCUGAGCCACCUGCAGUGCCCGAAAGUGGGCGGUGGCCCGACCGGUACCAGCGGCAACAGCGCGAGCAGCACCGGCAACAGCACCAACAACAACAACAACGGCUACGUCCCGUACGUUAACUACGCCCGGGACUACAGCCCGCCCACCCAGCACCUGAUGCAGUUUAAGGCGAGCAGCAGCAGCAACAGCAUCGGCAACGCGCUCACCGCCAAACCGCCGGCCCGGCCGCCGGCCAACGGUCAGCUGCCGACCGGCACGAUGACACUCACGCGAAAGCGCACGCCCGCCGCCCCGCCGGACGCUGGCGGCGCCCUGCCCAGCAUCCAGAGCAGCGUGUCGUCCAUCCCGAACGGGUUAAUGAAUCAUCCCAUGCUCGGUUGCCACCUCGGGCUGGACACGCGGUUCGGCGCCAACUACGGGACGCUGCACGGGCGCGGCCCCAGCCCGAUGCCGCUGCCCCCGCCGGCGACGGCCAAUCCGGCCGCGACGCCGGCCCCACCACCGUACAGCGCCACGCGCAACCAGAACUGUCUGCUCGGGCUGGGACUGCCGCCGGCGGCGGGCGGCCCGCCCACCGGCAGCCUGGCCAGCAGCGGCACCAACUCGGCCGCCCUGCUAGCGACCGGUUCGAGCAGCCCGAGCUCGACCCAGUCCGGCUCGCUGUCGCUGGCCAGCUCGCAGCUCUCCCAGGCACCGUCGAUCGCGGGCGGUACGGUCGGGAGAGAGCAGCAGCAGCAGCCCAACAGCCCUCCGGGACAGUUCAUUCUUCCUUCCAGCAACACCAUCAAACCGGGCGUACUGGCGACACACGUGUAAACCGAGCGAAAGAAAGAAAGAGAGAGCGAGUGAUCGGUCCCUCCUCUCAGCUGGUGCAGUGGAAAGGGGGGGAGGGAACCGCAUAGAUACUUGUCAAUUCAGUUUUAAACACAUUUCCCCUAAAAAAAAAAAACAAUUCUCCUUGAUAUAGUAGGGUAGCUAAUCCUCGUAUAAUCUAAGAACUGAGCUUUACUUACAUCGAUUAUCGACGCAAUCGAGUCGAAGCAAACAGACAUACACUCUCUCACACACACACACACGCACAUACACAUACACACUGCUAUUCUUUGCCGUCGCAUGCAAAUGAGAAUGGCGAGGAAUGUUUUUUUCGCCCGCUUGUAAGGCAGGAGCGGUUCUCAUUCAUCCAGCCACCCACACAGCAAAGACGGGGAAGGACAAUGGGACGUGGGAGACGAAACAACACACACAAACACACACAUGCAAAGAGGUUUUGAAAGGUAAGGUAAGGUUGGUAAAAUGGCACCUCAGCACAAACGACGCGGACCGAUAUUGCAAAGCAGUGACGCCAAUAAUGAUACCAUUGCGUGUGAUUGUGAUUGUGAUGUGAUCCGAUGACGCUUCGCGCUUCGUAACAUCGGCUGACGAUCGUUUGUAACAUCAAGCGAAUCUUCCCAACCUUGCCUUGUCUUGUGCAAACACUCUCACAGCCCAACUGUACACCCUACACUUCACGUGGCUUCGCUGUGUAUCAUUCUCAAUCACACAAACACACACACACACAUAUCCACAAGUGAAAGACUCACUUCUCAAGCCCCGAAACUUUCUAAUCUCGUGCAACCCAACACAUAUCCAAGAAAAAAAAAUAUGAAAAAAGUGAAGCAGACGAACAAAAAACGCUGAUAAGAUGUAGCCUCUGAUCUAUGGUACGACGCCUAAGCCGCAGGUAAAGAUGGAAAGACAAACACAAAGAUUGUAGCAUUAGUUAAGAAAAACCCCUCUCGCCCUUGCCACAAGGAAAGGGAGUGAACGGGGGGGUAGCAUUGUUAAUAUUAAUAUAGUCCAAAAAUACUAACUAUAUAAAUAUAAAUAUAUAUAUAUAUCGUUAUCGUAAGCGCUUGAGCCCAACGUAAAGACUCUAUUAUCUGGAGAAGCUAGCCGUAACGCCGCAUAUUGCCAUCGCUUCUGUUCGUUCGAAACUCCGCCACUUUUGCCAUCCAUCGCAUCCAGUUUGUGCAUAUCAUCAAUCAGUGUGCCUGUAUGUUUGUUUGUGUGUAUGUGUGUGUGUGACGUGGUACACUGAUUUUGUUGUUGUUGCGUUUCCAUAAUCCCCAGAACAAAUGAACGCAAAACCGUGACAGGUGCAACGUAAUUUUUGCGUUACGUUACUUAGCGUUAUGUUCGUACAAAAACUAACGCUUCAAACUACGAUUAACGCACUUUCCUUGCAGAGUUUGCCAAGUCCGUUUCGAAUGAAAACUCUUUUUUUCCCACCACGUGCAAGAAGUUAUUCCACAUCCACUCUGAUAUUUCAUUUUUGUCAUAACAGCUUUUAGUUUCUUCAGUAUGAUUUUCAACUCUGGCCGUUGAAGAGUCUGGUCGAUGUGAUGAGAACCGGCUUCAAAUUUCGAUGAAAAAACGAUAGUAACGGACCGUUGAAGUGUUACAAAUCAUGCUGAAGAAAUUCAAAAUUGGGAUUUCCACGUCACUUCCGAAUGUGCACAUCAGAAUCAAAUUUCAGUUCUUCGCGAUGAUUUUCAACACACCACAAAACUGACACAUCAGCUGACAAACUCAAACUCGAGCUUGAGACGUGUUGAAAAUUAUGGGGAACUGAACUGAAUUAUUAUUGUGAUGCAAAUGCAAUAUUUGACAGCUGUUGAAAAACAUCUCGCAAGCAAUGAAUUGUUGUUGUGGGCUUUGGAAAUUGACACGGAAAUUUCUGCAUGAUGGAGAUAAAAUAUCAGCGGAAUGUGGAAUGCAGGGUUUUUGCUAGUCAUGUUCGAAUGUGCACAUAAUUAUUCACCAUCUUCAAGAUGUUUUUCAACAGCUGUCAAAUCGUGCAUUUGCUUCAUAAUAAAAUUUCAGUUUUUACACAUAUUUUUUCAACACAUCACAAAAAACACUGUCGAACUCAGUCCCGCUUGAAACUUGUUGAAAAUCAUGCUGAAGAAAUUAAAAAAUGUCGUGAUGAAAAUGAAAUGUCAGAUAGAUAGCACGCGGUGUAAAACAAUGUUUAUAAUUCGAAAAUUGGCUUGGAAAUCCCUGUACUGACUAUACUGACUAAAAAGCACUUUAUUAGGGGGAAACCUCUCCCUGUCACGCUCCAUAUCACGGUCCAUAUCAUUGCUCCCCUCAUGUUACCGCGUUCCCUUGCAAGCGAUAGUAAAUUUGGACUUCGCUCACUGUUUCACAACACAACGAAAGCUAUUUGGCCGCAUAACACGGAAGCCAAAAGGUACUAAAUAGGAAACCCUCCGUGCUAUUUUAAGAGAUUUCGCAGGCGUGCGAAGGAUCGCAACGAGGCAGGAAUCGCGAAGCGUCUCCCCAAGCACUGUUCUGCUAAGUGGUUUACGCCGAACCCCCGGCGCGUGGAGCAAAACUCGAACGAAACAUAUCCCAGCACCGCAGCAUGGCAAACACUGCACCUAGCAAAUCAUCCAUUUUGAUCGCCAGCUUCCUCUGCGCCCGCUUAAACAUACUCACUCCUCUGCCUAACUGCACUGUUACUGUUGCCAGGUGUGACCGCGACGGCAGCAUUUUAUUAAAAUGUGACGAAACUCUUUCUACUACCCAUCGCAUCCCCCCAUCGUGACCCGCUCCCCAUCCUCUCCUGCUGGUUCAUACAUUGCGGGAAAGGUGAUGCGCCCGCUUUACCCAGUGGAGUCAUAUUGGAAGAGAUAGCUAGAGUGAAAAUUAUAGACAAAUAGAAUGAGAGAAAGAGAGAGAGAGAAAGAGUAUUAUUAAAGAAAACACACAUCCACACACACACACAACACCCUUGCGCGUACGCGUCACCAUUUACAUGUAUAAGCGAAGAUGUCUAGAUAACGAAGGAAUUAUAGAAGCUUGCUAAAUAUAAUUGCAAAACCAACCGAACGACACGAACAACCAAAACAAAACAACCACACGAAACAUGCAGACAAGCAACCACAACAACAACAACAACAAUUGAAAAACGCAUUCUUACAAACUAGUGACAAAACGAGACACACGCGGAAAACAAUGUGACGGCGAUGAAAGUAUAUCCACUUUUCGUAGUGAUAUAGCUAGAUAGAGUACAUUUUUAAAUUCACACGAAGAGAAGAAGAAUAAUAAAAAGAAGAAGAAGAAGAAAAGAAGAAGAAGAAGAAGAAGAAGAAGAAGAAGAAGAAGAAGAAAAACACAAAGCAUUUCAACCCAACUUACAAGAAAACAGGAGCAAAGAAAGAAGACGAAAAAAGAAGAAAAGUCACACACAGACAAAAAGAAAGCAAAGAAGGAAAACAUAAAAACCAUAAAAUAGCAACAAAAAACAGGCGCAUUUGGUUUUAGAAUGCGGUUAAACAAACAAACAAACACACAUACACACACACACAUAUCACACAAACAAAAACAAAAACAGAAACAAAAGUAAAGAAAAAAAAAACAUCCAGCAUAUCUAACUUAUUGCCAUUUAUUGUGUAAAGGUUGAUUUUAUGUUUUCUCCUUCCGUCAUGCUAAAAGUGAAACCCGGAAAAACAAAAUAAAUUUUUAUACAAAAGAA